AUGUAUCUUCACUCACCUGGUGCUGACUUUCUGCCUCAUAUUUGUCUCAGUGAUGAUAUAUUUGAUACAUCUGUAUCUGCACAAUUCGAUGCUGUCCCCAUCGGAGUAAUAUAUCUAAAGAGUACUCCCGUCCGUCGAAUUUGUAAUACGCUGCUCCUGAAAAGCAAUUGGUCUCUGGGACCUGGUCAUUGUGUAGCUCUUAUGUCACAUCCAGAUAUGUCUCAUCUGUUACUGGAUUGGAGAUUGAAGUAUAGAUAUAAUAACGUACCUAACAUGAAUUACGAGAAAUUAUAUGGUGAUGUUAACAAAGACAAUUUAAUGAUAGUUACCUGGCAACCUGGGGCCCCUCUAUUUGAAGACUGGAGUAAUACUGUUGGCGCAUUUCCGGUUAAAAUAUUAUCUCAAAAAGAUUGUAAAAUUGAAAUGGCUCCGAUAGUGGAUAUAAGAAGUUAUGAAACGUGUGCCGUAUUCGAAAAAGCUAUUUACACAUCAGUUGAACAUGGUUCUUUGGCUCUACAUAUGGACAGCUUCGAUGUAUUUGGACUAGUCACCUGGGGAGAGAAAUUAUAUAGAACAUAUCCUCUUGUUAUUCUCAAUGUAACUUAUUUCAAAGAAUGGUUGGAUGUCGCCAUGGCAACGUAA